AUGCGUUCAUCAUCAGAAUUGAAUUGCGAGCCCAAUUUCAUGGCACAGUAUAUGUCAAGUUCUGCUCGUGCCGGAGUGAUUUUAAAUCCUGUUUUUUCUAGUUUGGAUUCAGAAAGAGACAUUUGCAUGUUGAGAUCUACCAAUACCCUACACCAUGUUCGUUCUUUUGAAAAUGUUGCAAAUAGUUAUGUCAGUGAAGACUCCUUUGAAGAGGUAGAUGUAACCUAUAGAGACUCAUCUGCUGCCUCUAAUAAUAGUGAUCAGUUGACUUCUGUGAGUGUAGCUUUGAAUGGAUCAAUGUUAACUUCUAAAAACCCUGUUGUUGAAUGGGACCAAAACAGAAUUAGCCCAUGUUUUAGAGAAGAUGAUCUUGAAAGAGAAGACUCUAAUGAUCCGCUUUUUAAGAAGCUUGAGCAGCUCAAAGCCUUACAGCAGCUGAAGCAGGAACAAUUGAAAAGACAACAAAUGGAGCAACUGCAAAAGCUCAUGGAGGAGCAGAAAAUGCUGCUUAAUUUAGUGUCUAGACAACCAGCCUUCCCAGAGCUUGAUCAGCAAAAUCAGCCAGUUGGACUAAACCGUUCUACAUCUCCUAAAACCAAUCUGUACAUCGAUUCACCAUUUGGUAAAAAUAGCCCUGUAGAACACUUACACGACCAGAACAAUUCCUCCAUGUUAUGCUCCCAAACUGAACAAAGCAUACAAGCAAGACCUAACGAUCGUCCUUCUGCAUGUGUUCAAGAGUUCUAUACCGAUGCUGCUGAAAAACGGAAUAAUCCUGAACGUGAUGGGCCCUCUCCUGGGGGUGAUGCUGGGAAUUAUGUGUGUGACAAUGAUAAAACGGAAGAAUCCACUCACUAUGAAGAUUCUUUAAAAUCUUCACAGGAAGAUGAAAAUAGCAGUUUACCAACUGGUAAUUCUAUAGAAACUUGUGACACAGAAGAAAGGCCAAUUUUAUCGGGAAUGAAGGAAAGAAAGAAAUCCUUUGAAGAACUUUUGGAGGAACAGAUGAGACUGGAAGAACAGAGACUUAAACAAAAUGAUCAGCAACAGGCCAGUGAACAGACUAAGCAUAAACAUGUGGUUAAACAACCAUUUCUGAGAAGAGGAGAAGGACUUGCAAGAUUUAGGAAUGGAAAGACAUUUACUAUAACAAAAGAGUGCAACUCCAAGCCUGAGGUCUUAAAUACUGCGAAAAUAGAGAAGACACAAAUCCAGAGAAAAAUUGCACCUGUUGUCAAAGAACAAAAUGUUGAAAAUGUAAUAUCUAAAAAGUCUAUUCCAAAUAGCAAAGAAAAAAUAGAACCUCAAUUACCAAAUAAAAAAAAACUGGUAUUUAAAAACCACAACACAAAAAACAUCAGCUCUGCAACAAUGCUAAGACAAAUGGAUAAUAAGCCAGCUGGUAAUGUUAAAAGUAGUGUAACAGAGGACAAACUUUUAGAAACAAACAAAGAAAAUGUAAUUCCAAGUGAAGCAAGUCAACUUUUGAAAAAAAGAACUGGAAAACAAAAUGGGUCUUCAGGCAGUAACAUUAAGGCUAGCCCAAAUGCUGUAAACCAAUUCACAGAGUUAUCUUUUGAAGCCUCAUUUCAGAAACGGCAAAUACAUUGGGAAAAAGAAAAACAAUUAGAACAUUUUGAGUUGGAUGAGUUUCUUCUUCUUGAACAGGCAGCUGAGGAUAUAUCGUUUUCUAGUAACUCUUCAUUUAUACAGAAACUACUCAAUCAAGAUUAUCAAGUUGCUAAUGGUCAUGGUCGGUUGUCUUCUACACCUGUUAAAAUGGCGUCACAAACAAAAAUAGUUGGUGACGGAGACGUAAAUGUUAAAAAGCAGAAUAAGAGUUGGCAAAAAGAGAUGGGAGUUGGUUCUUCCAUCUCUUUUGAGAAGCAAUAUGAAAAAGAUAUUUAUGAAAAACCUCAAUCCAUUGUCAUUGAUGGGAAAAAAUCAAAACUUACUGAACUGGUUACAAGUGAAGAGGACUCGUCAGAAUCUGAAGAUGAACAUAAUGUUACAGUAACAAGCAUUAACACAGAUUUAGAUAAUCGUGAAGAUGACCUUGUGUCUGAAGACUGUAAAAAACCUUCUAAAAAUCUGAAUGUGGAUAGGAGCAGAGACUUUGAUCUGGACCUAUCAGAUGGAGAGAGUUGUACCAAUGAGUCUACUGUGGUAGAAAGUAAAGAAAUCUUAGUAAAAGAGAACCAUAAUUUAUCAUUCUCAAAUACUAGUGAAGAUGAAUUUGAUGAUGAAAAGACUUGGGAUGACCUUGGUGAUAUAAGAAAUCAAGUUGAGUUUUCUGAAAAUAAACAAAAUGGUGCUUUAAAAGAAUUUAUUCCAUCUGACUAUACUAGUCCAGUGUCUGUGCCAGACAAAACCAUAACAAGGAAGGUGGCUUCCAAAAAAACGGAUGAACUUCUAAGUGUAUCUGUUAAACCAAGCUCUCCUCCUGCUUCCGAUCUUAUGAUGAAACUAUUCCCUUCUCUGAAACCCAAACAGAAACCUGAGCCCCAGUUGGCAAACAAAUCAGUACCAGUGCAAGAUGAUCCGGAUGUUGCACGUUCUCAGCUUCUGAGGGAAAAACUAGUUGAGCUGGAAAGUGAAAUUGAAAGAUUUAAAAUGGAGAAUGCAACGUUAGCAAGACUUCGUGAAGAUCAAGAGAAGUCAUUGGAAAAGCUAAAGAAAGAAGUUGCAGAUUUUGAACAGCAGAAAUCGAAGGAGUUGGCUCGAAUUGAAGAAUAUAAAAAAGAAGAGCUGAGAAAACUGCAGAAAGAACGUAAAGUGUUUGAGAAGUAUGCAAGCGCAGCAAGAGCAAUUCCAGACAAAAAGGAACGAGAAGAAAUCCAGGUUCUAAAGCAACAAGUCACUGAUUUGCAAGAGGAACUUAAACGAAAGGAAGGAAAAUGGUCAAACAAUCAUGGCCGUCUCAGAAAUCAGAUCGAAACAUUAACAAAAGAAAAUGCUGAACUUCGUGAGGAGAUAAAGUUUAUGGAAAAAGUGCGCUUAGAAACCUGGAAGAAAGCAGAAGCAGUGGAAAGUAGCAGGAAGAUGGCGCCAUGUCAAGAAAAGCAACCGAGAUCAGACACCAUAAGUCCACCAAGCACCUCAAGAAAGACCCAAAAUCCAUGUCCCUCUCAACAAGAGAAGACGGCAAAGCAAAUUUUAAGAAGCCAGUCUCCAGUUAAACUUAAAGGAAAGGCUUCAAAAGAUUUCAAGCAAAAUCAGUCUUGUGACUUAAAUAAAUCCGAGAAGACAAAAGUAAAUAAGACUGAAUAUAAAGGGAGCAGUUUGCCGCAGUCUUCUGAGGAGAUUCCAAUAGAACCUAAGAAUCAAAUGAAUGUGGUUAAAGGAACCGAUGAUGAUGUGCAGGGAGAAAUCAGCUAUUCUGAUGGAAAGGUCGAGAGGAUUCUGAGAAAUGGUUGUCAUGUCAUUUUGUUUCCUAACGGGACACGAAAGGAAGUGAGUGCUGAUGGCAAGACGACAACUGUAACAUUCUUCAAUGGAGACAUUAAACAAGUGAUGGCAGAUAAGCGUGUGAUUUAUUAUUACGCAGAUGCUCAGACUACACAUACUACUUAUCCAGAUGGUCUUGAAAUAUUACAGUUUUCAAAUGGACAAAUCGAGAAACAUUUUCCAGAUGGAAAGAAGGAGAUUACCUUCCCUGACCAAACUAUAAAGAAUCUGUACACUGAUGGAAGGGAAGAGAGCAUAUUUCCAGAUGGCACAAUUAUUACUCUCCAGCCAGAUGGAAGCAAACUCAUAGAAUUUGACAAUGGUCAACGAGAGCUACAUACGGCGCAGUUUAAAAGGCGAGAAUAUCCAGACGGAACCAUUAAAACCGUUUAUAGUAAUGGUCAGCAAGAAACAAAAUAUGCCUCUGGAAGAAUUAGGGUAAAGGAUAAAGAUGGCAAUAUUAUAAUGGACACUAAAACUUAAUCUUUUAAAUAUUAUUGUAAUUAUAAUUUAUUUUUGAAAUUUAUUUUGUAUUUAUUUUAGUGGGUUUAAGAUAUUUUAUAUUAUUUUUUAUUAUCUGAGGCUGAUUUACCUAAUGUAUAUAUUGUAUAUAUGAAAAUGUACAUAUAUGUAUUUCUAGGUUUGGCUGUCAAAUAAAUGUCAGAUUUAAUUAA